AUGCUUGGCGGGAGAAGAGGUGCGUUACCAACUACUCCAGCUCUUCCCAUAAAUCGAAUUUCCAAUAAUGUUGCUGAUGCCAAACUCCUCUCUUCUACUCGAUUGCCUUUUACUCCCAACCAUCUCAAAUCUCUAGGGUUCACACCCUCCCCUCCUCAUUUGGCCCUCUUCUCUCUCUUCUUUCUUCUUUCUACGGCUAUUGGAGCAAUGUUCUCUUUGGCUAUCAUUUCCCUUCCAACUAUUAGGGUUUUUAGAAGAUUGGGAGCUUCUGUCCAAAAAUUGUCUCGAGUCAUCUCUGAAGAGGUGCCAGGAACCUUGUCUUCUCUCAAACUCUCUGCCCGUGAGAUUAAUGACCUCACUCAGCAACUUAUCAACCUCAGUUUGUUGGCACAAUCAAGUCGAAGGCAUUCUGGGCAAGCAGCCCUCCGUUAA